UUUUUCCGACAUCCCUUCUGUGAACUUUUUCCUGCGUGUACAAAUUGUAUGGAAUUUUUGCAAAUUUUCAUAUAAAUUUUAUGUAGCGCAAACUAUUAGUUAUCAACGGUAGUUAGAAGCUACUAAAGUUGAAAAAAAAACAGUAUAUAAUAACAAAUAGUCACCGCAGUAGUGCAACUGUGUGGCAAUUUGUCGUGUUGUGCAUUGAAGGCUGGCUACUGCCUUGCAGUGGGGAAAGUAUACCACGUUCCAGGAAUUUAAGAACUGCACGGAGGGAUAAAAAUGGGCAAAUUUACGCAUAUUUUACAGCGUGAGUUUCCAGCCAUUGACAAUGAGCUAAAGGAUUAUGUGGAGGGUGUACUAUGUGGUAGUUUGGAAGACUUUGAGUCAUGCGAUGAUAUCUAUGAGGCCGUGGGUGAUAUACUGCAAAGCAUUGAUAUGGAAAAGACAGAGGAUGAUAUAAGAGAACUCUGCGAUCAAUUUUAUAAUAUCAUCAAAAAAAAUACUAAAAAUGAGACACGUAAAGUAUUAAAUGCACCCGUCAAUAUCGCCGAAAUGGCAAAAGAGAUGGAAAAUGUUGAUAAAAAUAUGCAAAGCAUAUGGCUUAAUUCAAAGGACGGUGGAUCGAAGGUAAAUAGUAAGAAACUAGAGAAGGCCGAAGCAAAGCUACAGCAAAAGCAAGAAAAACGGUCUGACGUGGGAAAAUCAGCCGUAGCCGCGCCCGUCAAGCUGCAAACUGCAACAGCUUCACAAGUGAUGAGCAAGAAAAAUACUAAAAUGGAACAAAAGGGUACCAAUCGUUCGAUGGACAUUAAAAUCGAGAACUUCGAUUUGGCUUUUGGUGACAAGGUUCUGUUGCAAAAUGCAAACUUGUUGUUAUCGUGCGGCCGGCGCUAUGGUCUAGUCGGCCGUAAUGGUUUGGGUAAAACCACCCUGCUUCGCAUGAUAUCUGAUCGGCAAUUGGCCAUUCCCUCACACAUUAGCGUGCUUCAUGUCGAACAGGAAGUAGUCGGCAAUGAUACUAAAGCCGUUGAUAGUGUUUUGGAAUGUGAUUUAGAGCGUAAUCGCCUAUUGACACGCGAAAAAGAAAUACUUGCCACACUAAAUAGCGGUGUACAGGAUACGAAAUUAAGUUCCGAAUUGAAUGAAGUGUACGCACAAUUGCAAAAUAUUGAAGCUGACAAAGCGGUGGCACGUGCUUCUGUUAUAUUACGUGGUUUGGGUUUUGACGCCGAUAUGCAGCAAAGACCAACAAGAUCUUUCUCUGGCGGCUGGCGUAUGCGUUUGGCUUUAGCACGUGCGCUCUUCUCCAAACCCGAUUUACUAUUGCUCGAUGAACCGACAAACAUGUUGGAUAUUAAGGCUAUUAUUUGGCUGGAAAAUUACCUUCAGACUUGGCCGACAACGCUUUUAGUUGUUUCUCACGAUCGUAACUUUUUGGAAACUGUACCAACGGAUAUCAUACAUCUACAUUCCCAGGCACUGGAAGCUUACAAAGGUAAUUAUGAGCAGUUUGAAAAGACUAAAAACGAAAAGAUGAAGUCCCAGCGGCGCGAAUAUGAGGCACAAAUGGCACAUCGUGCGCACGUCCAAGAAUUCAUCGACCGCUUUCGUUACAACGCUAACCGCGCUUCAUCCGUGCAGUCAAAAAUUAAAAUGUUGGAAAAACUCCCCGAAUUGAAACCUGUUGAGAAAGAAAUCGAAGUUAAACUGAAAUUCCCUGAUGUUGAACCUUUAAAUCCACCGGUAUUAGCUUUAUCCGAAAUCGAAUUUAGAUAUAAAGACACAGAUCCAUUGCCCGUUUUUAAAAAUGUGAAUUUAUCAGCUACCUCCGAUUCUAGAAUUUGUAUAGUAGGUGAAAACGGUGCUGGUAAAACAACAUUGCUCAAAAUCAUUGUUGGUCAAUUGACCACCAUACAUGGCAACAUCAUUUCGCAUCGGGGUCUUCGUAUUGGUUACUUUGCGCAACAUCACGUCGAUCAUUUGAAUAUGAAUACCACCUGUGUGGGCGUUUUGGCCGAACUCUUCCAAGGACGGCCGGACGAAGAAUACCGACGACAAUUGGGCAGUUUUGGCAUAUCAGGGCAGUUGGCUUUGCAGAGCAUUGCCAGUUUAUCGGGAGGACAGAAAUCGCGUGUAGCUCUUGCGAAAAUGUGCAUGGCCGAUCCUAACUUUUUGGUGCUUGAUGAACCUACAAAUCACUUGGAUAUUGAGACCAUUGAUGCCUUAGGAAGAGCGAUUAAUGCAUUUAAGGGUGGCGUCAUUUUAGUAUCUCACGACGAACGCCUUAUCAAGGUCGUUUGCAAGGAGCUUUGGGUUUGCGGCAAUCGUACUGUGCGCGCUAUGGAGGGUGGUUUGGAUGAAUACAAACGUGAAGUUUACAAAGAAAUUGAAGCGGCGAAUAGUUAAAUUGAAUUUUAGUGUAAAAUUGUAUUUUGUAUUCAUUUCAUUAUACUUGUAAUUUAUGCUCGUGCACUGGCGAAGUAAAUACAUACAUUGAUAUUUUACAACUGCUUAUAAAUUAUUAAAAUGCAUCUAUAUGAAAAAA